AAUGUAGGUUUCUUCAUGACCUCGGUGCUCCCCAGGACUAAAGUGAGCGAUGUUUUAUUUUCCUGUUGCCAGCUUUUGGACAUUUCUGUUAAGUGGACCAUCCAGUAUGACUCUCCCCCCAAGUACCCCCAUUAUGACCCAGGGACAUCUCGUCAGCUGCUGUGUGACCAGUGCCCUCCUGGGAGCUAUGUAAAGCAACACUGUACAGCCACCAGCCCGACGCAGUGUGCCCCGUGUCCAGAUCAGUACUACGCCGAAGAGUGGAACAGCAACGACGAAUGCCAGUACUGCAGUGCUGUUUGCAAAGAGCUGCAGUACGUCAAGCAGGAGUGCACCAGCACGCAGAACCGCGUCUGCGAGUGCGUUGAAGGCAGGUACCUGGAGCUCGAGUUUUGUUUAAAGCACACAGAGUGUCCUCCUGGAUUCGGCGUUGCACAGCCAGGUACCCCUGAGAGUGAUGCUGUAUGUAAGAAAUGUCCAGAAGGAUUUUUCUCAAAUGAAACAUCAUCCAAAGCAGCCUGUCUGAAGCACACAAACUGUAGCGCACUGGGUUUCAAAAUAGCAUUGAAGGGAAAUGCAGUUCGUGACAAUGUCUGUCAGGAAAAUACAGAUACAACACCUCAAAAAUGUGGAAUAGAUGUAACCCUCUGUGAGGAGGCUUUGUUCAGGUUUGCUGUUCCUACUCAGCUCACACCUAACUGGCUGAACAUACUAGCAGACAGUUUGCCUGGGACAAAGGUUAGCACAGAAAAUAUCGAAAGGAUUAAACAAAGGCACAGUUCUCAAGAGCAGACCUUCCAGCUUUUGAAAUUAUGGAAGCAGCAAAACAAAGAACAGGAUAUGGUCAAGAAGAUUAUUCAAGAUAUUGAUCUUUGUGAAAAUAGUGUCUUAAAGCAUAUUGGCCACCCGAACCUCACCUUUGAACAUCUCAACACACUGAUGGCAAGCUUACCAGGCAAGAAAGUGGGAAAAGAAGAUAUUGAGCGCACAAUGAAACUAUGCCAACCUACAGAGCAAGUUCUGAAGCUUCUCAAUCUGUGGAGGAUAAAGAAUGGUGACCAGGACACCAUUAAAGGUUUAAUGUAUGGACUGAAGCACUUGAAAACAUACCACUUUCCAAAACGGACCAUUCAAAGUCUGAAGAAGGUGAUUAAGUUUCUUCACAGAUUUACAAUGUACAGAUUAUACCAGAAACUCUUUUUAGAAAUGAUAGGGAACCAAGUUAAAUCAGUGAAAGUAAGAUGUGUCUAAUUCAAGGUAUUUUUCAUUCUCCACUGACUAUUUUUCCCUAAUUACUGCCAGCAGUAAUUAAACUGGAACGUUGUUUCCCUACAUGAUGUCUUACUAUUUAUAGAAAUGUCUGACUGGAAUAGCUCUAAGUCUUUUGCAGUGGUUUUGGAGGGUUUUUUUUUUAAAUAAAAUCACUUUUGUAAAAGCUAUUAACCUGUUGAUAACACUAAGAGCCUGAUUCUGCAUUUUUGCACAUUCAGAGUUGAAAAGCCCCACUAUAGUGACUAGAUGAGAAAAGAAUGCCAGACCAGGCUCUACUACAGUAUUUUUUAUUUAUAUUCUUCGAAGAAUAAACGUUUUUGUUGUACAUAUUUAUUAAGUUAAAUGGAAAUUGUAUGAGACUGAAUUUUAGGAAGAGAAAUGAAAAGCGCACUGUAUAUUUUCUAGUUAAACAAAAAUGUUCCCAUAUAUUUUUCUGGCAAAAUUUUGUAGCAUGCUCUGAGAGUUACUAAUUUCUUUACAUUUUGUAUUUAAAAAAGUAUUAUUACUUAGUUUUAUUUGUAUAAGUUGUGGUAUCUUUUGGUAGGGAUGUUUUAAUUUAUCCAAUGAUUUUAACUCAAAUACGGU